GUUACAUGUUAUAUAAUGUUUUUAAUUUUUUCCACUCUCCAACUUAAAAACAAGGUUUUUGCUCAUCAAACGUUAUGUUCUCUAAGUGACGAAUCUGCGGUACGUAGAGAGGGAGUGUGGCUAGCUCAGGAAACUGGAAAAGUCUAUAUAACGCAGCAUAAUUUGAAGUGGCAGAAAUUUGCGCCAGAUAUGAGUAGAGUAAAUGUUCAAACGAUUGAAGAGAAGUUUAUGUUUGGAUCGCCGCCGCUGCUCAAUGGAUUUUCGUCGUAUUGCUCCUGUCGCUUUGAAGAUAAUUACUCGACCUACUAUGGCGGUUCCAAUGAUUCUGCGUCUGAUAAAAAACCACUAGCAAGCAACAAACCAGAUUAUGAUUUUAGCUCUAAUAUAAACGAUACGAUGAAUUCCUUCAACCAACUAUCCGUUACUGAUCGAUUCGUAAAUAGUUCUAAAGUUUUUGAAAACGCCGGUAAAAAUUUCUCUAUACGUUCCUCGGUACCUUUGUUUCCCAAACGAAAGGAUUUAAAUGUGCUACAAAGAAAUCUUUCAAAAGAACGCUUUCGACAAGUAAAAUUGAGGCUUGAAGAUUGGAGUGAUGAAGACGCUAAAGAAAUUAUAACAUCAGUUCAUAAAACAAUGAACCAAUGGAACUUAUCACACGUGAUGUGUAUGUUUUGCGAUACUCAGUCUCAAGUCUACGAAAGCUUUCCUGUUGUAGAUGGGACAUUGUUCUUGACACCCAUAAAACUAUCACACGAUAAAUGUAUAAAAUUUGUUAAAAAAAAGCUAACAGAUUACUUGAAUUAUAUGUGCUAUAUAUGCAUAGAUUGCCUGGAAGGUUACUCUAAAGUAAUCAAAUGUGUUCAUUGUGCAAUACCUUGGAAUGGUUCAUUCUUUCAAAUUGGAACGUUAUAUAAUUAUGACAUACUUUCUGCAAUUCCGUGUUGCAAUUGGCAGUUAUCGUGCAAAAAUUGCAACAAAAUGAUAAUUGACAAUGCUGGUUCAAAAUCGUUAUUUUUCUCGCAAUUUUCCAAGCAGAUAAUAUGCCCUCAUUGCAACGUUGAGGACUUCCAUUUUAUAAAACCGCUUUCUAUGUUUAAAGCUUUUAAAGAAAAAGACUAAAUUUUUAAUUAAACAGAGUCAGAGUCGCCUA